CAUAGCAACGACGAGCCAGGCCGCUCUGGGUGUGAUUCCUGAUCGCUGGGCAUCUUAAAUGGCGGCUGUGAACCCUCUAUCCAACCCCAAAGGGGUGAAGCUGUCGUGUGAGCUGUGCCACAGCCCGGCCUAUAUCCAGUGCCCUGACUGCAAGGUCACCUAUUACUGCGAUGUGGACCACCAGCAGGCCGACUGGACUAGUAUUCAUGAGAAGAUAUGCCAGCUCCUCAUCCCUGUGCGGACAGCCGUCCUGUUCCUGACCUCAGCAGAAGAGAGGGUCCAUUCUGCAGAGCAGUUAUUACAGAGGAAGAAACACUUGAUUGACCUGACCACAAAGGAAGCUCACAGACUCUUGUAUGAAGGACGCCAUGUAGAUGUCAUUCCAGCAGCCACCCAUGCUCUGUCAUUCAGUAUAGAUGUACACGGGCUGACAUCGGUGGAACUAGUGCCCGUAUAUCUUAUCCUGGCAGAAGCCAACAUUGGUCUGGGGAAUCUAACACAAGCCGAGGAGUACCUGACUCAUGCUUACUGGACUGUAUUAAAAUCUGUAGACUGCAGCAACCUCACCCGAUCCAAACUGCACCGGAAUCUCGGCCUUCUGUACUCUGCCAAGGGGGAGUUCGAGGAAUCCCUGCGCCACCUCUCUAAUGAUAUUUACUUUGCGAGCACAGUCUCUGGACCGGCUGACAUCAGCACUGCGGGGGGAUACUUCCAUAUGGCCAAUGUAUUCUUCCGGCAAAAUAAAAUGGACAUUGCUGAUUCUCUGUAUUCUGAGAUAACGGACAUAUGGUACACUCACCUGAACAGAUUGGUUGAUGUUCAGAUAAGGUCCUCAAUGAGAAGUGGUCCUGUUUGGUUCGAUGACAGGGAUCAAGAAGGCUUAGAUGAAAACCAGGAGGCAGAAGCUCUUCAGAUCCUCAGUGCUAUCUAUGACAUGAGAGAACAGGCUGCAAAAAAAGAGCCAGCCGAGAUAGCCAAGGUUCUGCAUGCCCUGGCUAUGCUGCACUAUCUCAGACUGGACUUCAAGUUGGCACGUGAGUUGGGCAGAAAACUCCUUCAACUUAUCCAGCAGCUGCCAAAGGAUGAUAAAUCGGACAGCAUGAUGCUCUUUAUAGAAAGCACUGAAAGAAAAAUGUCUGCAAAAAUGUCUGCAAAACAGAAUCCUUUUCCGUGA